GUGUCCUCAGGAGGUUAGGACAUGGACUCCUAUUAGGAGUUAGUUUUUAUUUAUUUCUUUUAUUACUUAUUUUUAUUACUUAUUUUUAUUAUUCUCUUCAAUGUGAGGCUGGAAUGGGCAUCCACACUGCGUGUUUUGUCUUCAUUACCCCCUCCAACUGGAUGUCUCCGGGGUCUAUUGUGCUCUGGCACUGACCACCCAGGCUUUGGUUUUUAUCCCCCCCUUCUACUACAGUGGGGGUGAACCGUCUGGCCGGUAGACUGCGCAGCACUGGGCAGCACCAUGUCUGAGGGUUCCAGUGACAACCUUUUUCCACGGACGGCAGUAACUGCUAAGGUGACCUUUUUGGCCUGUGCCAAAUGCCGCAAACGUUUACCACUUGGUAACAAGGACCCUAUCUGCUCCACGUGCAAGCCACCUGAGCCUGCUCCGGAAAAUCCAGCACCCAGAUCUCAGGUAAGCUUAGACAACCAAGGGGCUACAGCGGGUCCGGCCUCGGACCCCCCACCUCAGGGCUCCCCUCCACCGCCCCGGUGGGCUUCCCAGUUAGCCUCGGGCAUUCCCAAGCUGGCCGAUUCCUUGGACAGGCUCCUCGCUCGCUUGGAUAAUCCCAAGCCACCUAAGCGCAGGGCACCUUCCCCAUCUGCAUUGGACAGCGAUGAGGAGUCCUUCUCCCAUUCUCCCCUUCACAUAGCCUCUGGAGAUGACCAGUCUCUCUCUGAUGGCGAACUUUCCCAGACUUCGGAUCAUGAAGAGGAGGAUACCCCAAAGCUAUCCUCUGAGGCUAUUGAUUCUCUUGUUUCCGCUGUUUUGGAAACCUUACACUUACAGGAACCUGGAACCAGUUCCGGUUCAUCCUCGGGCCUCUUCAAGCGGAAGAACCGCCCUUCUCCUUCUUUUCCUUCCCAUGAUCAGCUCGAUCAGAUCAUUCAACAAGAGUGGGACAAGCCCGAGAAGCGCUUUCAACCCAACAGACGCUUCCUUAAACUUUAUCCUUUUCCCUCAGAUAUCACUGAGAAGUGGGCUUCUCCACCUUCGGUGGACGCUCCCGUGUCACGUCUUUCCAAGAAUACAGCCCUGCCGGUUCCUGACGCAGCGUCCUUCAAGGAUCCCAUGGACAAGAAGAUCGAGGGUCUCCUGCGUACCCUUUUCACCGCUACCGGCACAUCUUUGCGUCCGGUCUUCGCUUCGGCUUGGGUGGCUAGGGCCAUGCAGUCCUGGUCGGAUGCUCUUUGUCGAGCUAUUUCCUCCGGGGUUCCUCGAGAGGAACUCUCCGAACUUGCUUCUCAGAUCAAGGAGGCCAGCGACUACCUUUGCGAAGCAUCCCUUGAUGCAGCUCAGGUGAUAGGCCGUUCCUCCGCUCUGGCUGUUGCUGCCCGUCGAUCUCUCUGGAUGAAGCUUUGGUCCGCAGAUUUUUCAUCCAAGAAGUCCCUGACUUCCAUUCCAUUCAAGGGCAAGCUCCUCUUCGGUCCCGACCUUGACAAGCUCAUCAGCCAGGCUACGGGAGGCAAAAGCACUCUUUUGCCCCAGCCUAAGACUCGCCCUUCCUUUCGCAAGGGAAGGAAUUUUCGUGGCUCCCAGACCAAGUCGUCUAGGUCCCCCCCCCCUAGACAAUCUUCCAAUUUCAGAGGGCGUUUUGGGAAUAAGACCAAAUCGUCAUGGCAGUUCCGUAAGCCCUCCUCUAAGCCGGCCAACAAAUCCUCUUCUGCCUGACUAUCAACCCUUCGGGCCUCUGCCCGUCGGGGGAAGACUGCGGCACUUCGCCUCCGCUUGGACCACCCUCACUUCGGACUCCUGGGUGCACGAGGUGGUGACUCGGGGUUAUCACUUAGAAUUUUCCUCCCCUCCACCU